AUGGCGAAGAUGUCAGAGUCGGGCACAGAGACCAAAGGGAGCUCAGGCUCUUCCUCAUCCUCCCUGGCUCUAGCUAAUGAUGCUGUGGGGGACUCUGAGUGUGUGGCGCUGUCCAAGGUGCCUGAGCUAGUCAGGGAGCUACUAACCAUCAACGGCCAGGGAACAGGGGAGGAGAGGGAGAGGAGACUGGACCUCGCAUGGCUCAAACUCAAACAGACCGUCCGCAGGAAAUGCAACCUGUUUGAGCACCUGCAGGUUAGCAUGGGAGCAAUAUUCACAGGUCUGUGGGCUCUGUCCCAAAAUGGAACCCUGUUCCCUUUGUAGUGCACUACUUUAGACCAGGGUCCACAGGGCGCCAUUUGGGACAUGACCUUUGUUCUUAAAUCUAACGUGGGAUGCUUGAAUACACACGGCAUGUGAUGUCACAUAGUGGUUUGGGAUUGUUUCCGUUGCAGUCAACAUCCAAGAAAAGAGUAUUGCAUCUAAAAUGGGAUUAUUCCUUGUGAUCGUUCAACGUAUGAUUGUAGAAUGAAUAAUGGCACCCUAUUCCCUAUAUAGUGCACUACUUUUGACGAGGGCCCGUAGUGCACUAUAUAGGGAAUAGGGUGCCAUUCUCUGGUCUAAAGUAGUGCACUAUAUAGGGAAUAGGGUGCCAUUCUCUGGUCUAAAGUAGUGCACUAUAUAGGGAAUAGGGUGCCAUUUGGGAUAUAAACGUUGUUUCUGUGCAACAUCUGCUGUGUGUUGACGACGUCAGACUGACUACGGUGCCUUGCAAAAGUAUUCAUCCCCCUUGGCGUUUUUCCUAUUUUGUUGCAUUACAACCUGUAAUUUAAAUGGAUUUUUAUUUCGAUUUCAUGUAAUGGACAUACACAAAAUAGUCCAAAUUGGUGAAGUGAAAUGAAAAAAAAUUACUUGUUUCAAAAAAUAAAUAACGGAAAAGUGGUGCGUGCAUAUGUAUUCACCCCCUUUGCUAUGAAGCCCUUAAAUAAGAUCUGGUGCAACCAAUUACCUUCAAAAGUCACAUAAUUAGUUAAAUAAAGUCCACCUGUGUGCAAUCUAAGUGUCACAUGAUCUCAGUGUAUAUAUACACCUGUUCUGAAAGGCUCCAGAGUCUGCAACACCACUAAGCAAGGGGCACCACCAAGCAAGCGGCACCAUGAAGACCAAGGAGCUCUCCAAACAGGUCAGGGACAAAGUUGUGGAGAAGUACAGAUCAAGGUUGGGUUAUAAAAAAAAUAUCAGAAACUUUGAACAUCCCACAGAGCACCAUUAAAUCCAUGGAAAGAAUAUGGCACCACAACAAACCUGCCAAGAGAGGGCCGUCCACCAAAACUCACGGACCAGGCAAGGAGGGCAUUAAUCAGAGGCAACAAAGAGACCAAAGAUAACCCUGAAGGAGCUGCAAAGCUCCACAGCGGAGAUUGGAGUAUCUGUCCAUAGGACCACUUUAAGCCGCACACUCCACAGAGCUGGGCUUUUUUUUUUUUUUUCACGUUUAUUUAACCAGGUAAGCCAGUUGAGAACAAGUUCUCAUUUACAACUGCGACCUGGCCAAGAUAAAGCUUUACGGAAGAGUGGCCAGAAAAAAGUCAUUGCUUUAAGAAAAAAAUAAGCUAACAGGUUUGGUGUUCGCCAAAAGCCAUGUGGGAGACUCCCCAAAGAUAUGGAAGAAGGUACUCUGGUCAGAUGAGACUAAAAUUGAGCUUUUUGGCCAGCAAGGAAAAUACUAUGUCUGGCGCAAACCCAACACCUCUCAUCACCCAGAGAACACCAUCCCCACAGUUAAGCAUGGUGGUGGCAGCAUCAUGCUGUGGGGAUGUUUUUCAUCGGCAGGGACUGGGAAAUCCCACUUGAAGGAGCUGGAGCAGUUUUGCCUUGAAGAAGGGGUUAAAAUCCCAGUGGCUAGAUGUGCCAAGCUUAUAGAGACAUACCCCAAGAGACUUGCAACUGUAAUUGCUGCAAAAGGUGGCUCUACAAAGUAUUGACUUUGGGGGGGUGAAUAGUUAUGCACGCUCAAGUUUUCUGUUUUCUUGUCUUAUUUCUUAUUUGUUUCACAAUAAAAAAUAGUUAGCAUCUUCAAAGUGGUCGGCAUGUUUUGUAAAUCAAAUGAUACAAACCCCCCCAAAAAAUCUAUUUUAAUUCCAGGUUGUAAGGCAACAAAAUGGGGAAAAUGCCAAGGGGGGUGAAUACUUUCGCAAGCCACUGUAUGUUGAACAUGAUGGUGUGUUGACGAUGUCAGACUGACUAUGUUGAACAUGACGGUGUGUUGAUGAUGUCAGACUGACUAUGUUGAACAUGACGGUGUGUUGACGAUGUCAGACUGACUAUGUUGAACAUGACGGUGUGUUGAUGAUGUCAGACUGACUAUGUUGAACAUGACGGUGUGGUUGAUGAUGUCAGACUGACUAUGUUGAACAUGACGGUGUUUGACGAUGUCAGACUGACUAUGUUGAACAUGGACGGUGUGUUUGACGAUGUCAGACUGACUAUGUUGAACAUGGUGGUGUGUGUUGAUGAUGUCAGACUGACUAUGUUGAACAUGACGGUGUGUUGACGAUGUCAGACUGACUAUGUUGAACAUGAUGGUGUGAUGACGAUGUCAGACUGACUAUGUUGAACAUGACGGUGUGUUGACGAUGUCAGACUGACUAUGUUGAACAUGACGGUGUGUUGAUGAUGUCAGACUGACUAUGUUGAACAUGACGGUGUGUUGACGAUGUCAGACUGACUAUGUUGAACAUGAUGGUGUGUUGACGAUGUCAGACUGACUAUGUUGAACAUGACGGUGUGUUGAUGAUGUCAGACUGACUAUGUUGAACAUGGUGGUGUGUUGAUGUCAGACUGACUAUGUUGAACAUGACGGUGUGUUGACGAUGUCAGACUGUUGAACAUGACGGUGUGUUGACGAUGUCAGACUGACUAUGUUGAACAUGAUGGUGUGUUGAUGUCAGACUGACUAUGUUGAACAUGACGGUGUGUUGAUGAUGUCAGACUGUUGAACAUGACGGUGUGUUGACGAUGUCAGACUGACUAUGUUGAACAUGACGGUGUGUUGACGAUGUCAGACUGACUAUGUUGAACAUGACGGUGUGUCGACGAUGUCAGACUGACUAUGUUGAACAUGACGGUGUGUUGACGAUGUCAGACUGACUAUGUUGAACAUGACGGUGUGUUGACGAUGUCAGACUGACUCAGACUGACUAUGUUGAACAUGACGGUGGUGUUGACGAUGUCGACUGACUAUGUUGAACAUGGAUGGUGUGUUGACGAUGUCAGACUGACUAAUGUUAACAUGACAGGUGUGUUGACUAUGUCAGACUGACUAUGUUAACUUACGGUGUGUUGACGAUGUCAACUGAACUAUGUUGAACAUGAUGGUGGUGUGACGAUGUCAGACUGACUAUGUUGAACAUAUGGUGUGUUGAUGUCAGACUGACUAUGUUGAACAUGAUUGGUGUGUUGAGGAUGUCAGACUGACUAUGUUUGAACAUGAUGGGUUGACGAUGUCCAGACUGACUAUGUUGACAUGAUGGUGUGUUGACGAUGUCAGACUAUGUAACAUGGUGGGUUUUUUUUUGGUUGGAUGUCAGAUGACUAUGUUGACAUGAGUUGUGUUGACGAUGUCGACGAUCUAUGUUGAAACCUGAUGGUGUGUUGACGAUGUCCCAGACUUCGACUAUGGUUUGACAUACGGUGAUGAUGAGUCAGACUGCUAUGGUUGAACAGACGGGUGUGUUGACGAUGUCAGACUGACUAUGUUGAACAUUACGGGUGUGUUGACGAUGUCAGACUGACUAUGUUGAACAUGACGGUGUGAUUGCGAUGGUCAGACUGACUAUGUGGAAACAUGACGGUUUGUGUUGACGAUGUCAGACUGACUAGUUUGAACAUGAUGGUGUGUGACGAUGUACAGACUGACUAUGUGAACAUGAUUGGUGUGUGGACCGAUUGUCAGACUGACUAUGUUGAACAUGAUGGUGUGUUCACGAUGUCAGACGCUGACUGUUGAACAUGAUGGUGUGAUUGGACGAGGUCCAGACUGACUAUGUUGAACAUUGAUGGUGUUGUUGACGAUGUCAGACUGACGAUGUUGAAACAUGAUGGUGUGUUGACGAUGUCAGACUGACUAUGUUGAAACAUGAUGGUGUGUUGACGAUGCCAGACUGGGACUAUGUUGAACAUGAUGGUGUGUUGGACGAUGUCAGAUGACUAUGUUGAACAUGAUGGUGUGUUGCCGAUGUCCAGACAUGACUAUGUGAACAUGAGUGGUGUGUUGAUGAUGUCAGACUGACUAUGUUGAACAUGAUGGUGUGUUUGACUGAUGUCAGACUGACUAUGUUGACAUGAUGGUGUGUUGACGACGUCAGGACUGACUAUGUUGAACCAUGACGGUGUGUUGACGAUGUCAGACUGACUAUGUUGAACAUGACGGUGUGUUGAUGAUGUCAGACUGACUAUGUUGAACAUGAUGGUGUGUUGAUGAUGUCAGACUGACUAUGUUGAACAUGACGGUGUGUUGAUGAUGUCAGACUGACUAUGUUGAACAUGAUGGUGUGUUGAUGAUGUCAGACUGACUAUGUUGAACAUGAUGGUGUGAUGAUGAUGUCAGACUGACUAUGUUGAACAUGAUGGUGUGUUGACGAUGUCAGACUGACUAUGUUGAACAUGACGGUGUGUUGAUGAUGUCAGACUGACUAUGUUGAACAUGAUGGUGUGUUGACGAUGUCAGACUGACUAUGUUGAACAUGAUGGUGUGUUGAUGAUGUCAGACUGACUAUGUUGAACAUGAUGGUGUGUUGACGAUGUCAGACUGACUAUGUUGAACAUGAUGGUAUGUUGACGAUGUCAGACUGACUAUGUUGAACAUGAUGGUGUGUUGACGAUGUCAGACUAUGUUGAACAUGAUGGUGUGUUGAUGUCAGACUGACUAUGUUGAACAUGAUGGUGUGUUGACGAUGUCAGACUGACUAUGUUGAACAUGAUGGUAUGUUGACGAUGUCAGACUGACUAUGUUGAACAUGGUGGUGUGAUGUCAGUGUUUAUGCAGCUAAUAUGGAUCUUUCAACCCCUUCCAUCCAGACCUCUUUAAUGUGUUCCAUUCACAAGGAGCCCUGGUCAAAAGGAGUGCACUAGAUGGGGGAUAAGAGCCCUGGUCAAAAGGAGUGCACUAGAUGGGGGAUAGGAGCCCUGGUCAAAAGGAGUGCACUAGAUGGGGGAUAGGAGCCCUGGUCAAAAGGAGUGCACUAGAUGGGGGAUAGGAGCCCUGGUCAAAAGGAGUGCACUAGAUGGGGGAUAGGAGCCCUGGUCAAAAGGAGUGCACUAGAUGGGGGGAUAAUGGGGGAGUAGCCCUGGUCAAAAGGAGUGCACUAGAUGGGGGAUAGGAGCCCUGGUCAAAAGGAGUGCACUAGAUGGGGGAUAGGAGCCCUGGUCAAAAGAGUGCACUAGAUGGGGAUGGAGCCCUGGUCAAAAGGAGUGCACUAGAUGGGGGAUAGGAGCCCUGGUCAAAAGGAGUGCCCUGGUCAAAAGGAGUGCACUAGAGGAGUUGGAGCUGUUCCCAUAUUAUUGAUGUGUAUCCAGUCCUUUCAGAUCUGGUCUAUAGCAGUACUUGCCUUUACUGUUAGGAACCUGAUGAGUCAUCCUACUGCUAUGUAUUCCAUAGCUCUUACCGUCUACCUCUGUCUCUGUAUGUCCUCUGUCGUCCCCUUAGAGCAUUUGAUCUCCUCUUAUGUCCUCAUGUAUGCCAUGUUACCUACCCUCAUCUCCUCUCUCCCCCUCCCUCCCCCCUCUCUCCCCCUCCCUCCCCUCCCUCCCCCCUCCCUCACCUCUCUCCCCCUCUCUCCCCCUCCCUCCCCCUCCCUCCCCCUCUCUCCCUCUCUCCCCCUCCCUCCCCAUCUCCCUCUCUCCCCCAGCAAGACCAGCUGUACACGUGGGCAGCGGUCAGCCAGCCCCCCCACUCCAUGGAACACUUUGAGGGCCGGGCCCCCCUCCCUGGGCACCUGAAGACCCUGUGGCCCCCACCCAGACCUGUGGGAGAAGAUAGACCAGGCCUCCAGCACACCGAGGAGGGUAGGGGCCCUCACCACAUCUAUACAGAUACUAUAUACUGUAGAGACUAGUACUAAACCAGAUAUCAGACCAGGCCUCCAGCACACCGAGGAGGGUAGGGGCCCUCACCACAUCUAUACAGAUACUAUAUACUGUAGAGACUAGUACUAAAACAGAUAUCAGACCAGGCCUCAUUACACAGAGUAGGGGCCCUCACCACAUCUAUACAGAUACUAUAUACUGUAGUGACUAGUACUAAAACCGAUAUCAGACCAGGCCUCAUUACACAGAGGAGAGUAGGGGCCCUCAACACAUCUAUACAGAUACUAUAUACAAUAAGUUGGGCCAAGGUGGGUAGGGGAAAGAGACUGUAGGAGAGUAGGGGCCAAGGUGGGUAGGGGAAAGAGACUGUAGGAGAGUAGGGGCCAAGGUGGGUAGGGGAAAGAGACUGUAGGAGAGUAGGGGCCAAGGUGGGUAGGGGAAAGAGACUGUAGGGGCCAAGGUGGGUAGGGGAAAGAGACUGUAGGAGAGUAGGGGCCAAGGUGGGUAGGGGAAAGAGACUGUAGGAGAGUAGGGGCCAAGGUGGGUAGGGGAAAGAGACUGUAGGAGAGUAGGGGCCAAGGUGGGUAGGGGAAAGAGACUGUAGGAGAGUAGGGGCCAAGGUGGGUAGGGGAAAGAGACUGUAGGAGAGUAGGGGCCAAGGUGGGUAGGGGAAAGAGACUGUAGGAGAGUAGGGGCCAAGGUGGGUAGGGGAAAGAGACUGUAGGGGCCAAGGUGGGUAGGGGAAAGAGACUGUAGGGGAGUAGGGGCCAAGGUGGGUAGGGGAAAGAGACUGUAGGGGCCAAGGUGGGUAGGGGAAAGAGACUGUUGUAGUUGUUUUCAGUUGAAACUUUAACUUGCAAUGAUCCUGAUUGGCUACACUGAAGCUGUUGGGGCCUUCAUUAGGACGUGAUUACAGAUCCCUACUAUAGAGACAUACGCUGAGUGUACCAAACAUUAAGAACACCUUCCUAAUAUUGAGUUGCACCCCCUUUUCCCCUCAGAACAGCCUCAAUUCGUCGGGGCACGGACUCUACAAGGUGUCGAAAGCGUUCCACAGGGAUGCUGGCCCAUGUUGACUCCAAUGCUUCCCAUAGUUGUGUCAAGUUGGCUGGAUGUCCUUUGGGUGGUGGACCAUUCUUGAUACACACGGGAAACUGUUGAGCAUGAAAAACCCAGCAGCGUUGCAGUUCUUGACACAAACCGGUGCGCCUGGCACCUAGUACCAUAUCCCGUUCAAAGGCACUUAAAUAUUUUGUCUUGCCCAUUCACCCUCUGAAUGGCACACAUACACAAUCCAUGUCUCAAUUGUCUCGAGGCUUAAAAACCCUUCUUUAACCUGUCUCCUCCCCUUCAUCUACACUGAUUGAAGUGGAUUUAACAAGUGACAUCAAUAAGGGAUCAUAGCUUUCACCUGGAUUCACCUGGUCAGUCUAUGUCAUGGAAAAGAGCAGGUGUUCUUUUAAUGUUUUAUACACACAGUCUAUAGUGCUACAACAGAUAUCUACUGAGCUGUGCCAGUAAUGAGGAACUUGGUAAUGUGGGGAAAAGCAACACCUUUCUGUAGUUAAAGCACCCCUCUCUCCUCGACUCAAUCAUCUGUUUUCAUUGGUUGUUUUCCUCUCGUUCUGUUUUUUAACCUUGUUCCUCAGCCAGGGUGGAGCGGGUAGCUUUGUUCCUCAGCCAGGGUGGAGCGGGUAGCUUUGUUCCUCAGCCAGGGUGGAGCGGGUAGCUUUGUUCCUCAGCCAGGGUGGAGCGGGUAGCUUUGUUCCUCAGCCAGGGUGGAGCAGGUAGCUUUGUUCCUCAGCCAGGGUGGAGCGGGUAGCUUUGUUCCUCAGCCAGGGUGGAGCGGGUAGCUUUGUUCCUCAGCCAGGGUGGAGCGUGUAGCUUUGUUCCUCAGCCAGGGUGGAGCGGGUAGCUUUGGCUUUUGUUCUGGUAGAGUUAUGUGUCCAGGGAGAAGGAGAGUGGAGUUGAGCUACCAUGUUUUACACCAGGGGUGCCUUGAAACAUAUCACUAGCAUUCAUUUAACCCAACAAUGUAGAUUUAAGGAAAGGCUUGUUUCUAAACUUGAUCUCUCUUCUUUCAUGCUACAGUACCUCUAGUGGGUGAUGAAGGUAAGUAAUGGUUACAUUGUGAAUGUGUUUCUAAGUGAUAAUUUAACUCCGUUUUCUUUUGGGCCUUGUUCGUCAGUUACAUCAUGUGCUGUCUGUUUGUAGUCCCACCUGCUAUUAAAAGGGGGAAGGUUGCAUAGCAACAAUGAGUCAGUGCUUAGGCAGACACAGAUGGAUUGAUAUUCUGAGCACCACUUUCCCCUAUAAUGUCCCCCAACAUCCUGUACUCUUUCCCCUCUAAUGUCCCCCAACAUCCUGUAGUCUUUCCCCUCUAAUGUCCCCCAACAUCCUGUAGUCUUUCCCCUCUAAUGUCCCCCAACAUCCUGUAGUAUUUCCCCUCUAAUGUCCCCCAACAUCCUGUACUCUUUCCCCUCUAAUGUCCCCCAACAUCCUGUACUCUUUCCCUUCUAAUGUCCUCCAACAUCCUGUACUCUUUCCCUUCUAAUGUCCUCCAACAUCCUGUACUCUUUCCCCUCUAAUGUCCCCCAACAUCCUGUACUCUUUCCCCUCUAAUGUCCCCCAACAUCCUGUACUCUUUCCCCUCUAAUGUCCCCCAACAUCCUGUAGUCUUUCCCCUCUAAUGUCCCCCAACAUCCUGUACUCUUUCCCCUCUAAUGUCCCCCAACAUCCUGUAGUAUUUCCCCUCUAAUGUCCCCCAACAUCCUGUAGUAUUUCCCUUCUAAUGUCCCCCAACAUCCUGUACUCUUUCCCCUCUAAUGUCCCCCAACAUCCUAUACUCUUUCCCCUCUAAUGUCCCCCAACAUCCUGUACUCUUUCCCCUCUAAUGUCCCCCAACAUCCUGUAGUAUUUCCCUGCUGUUGAUUCUGACUCCUAUAGAGCAGGCUGGUGAAUGUAAUAGUGUAUUUUCCCUAACUAUUGGUUUGAUAUGAAAUGAGACUUUAGACAUACCUCUGCUUGUGAGGAAUAUAACCUUUGCUUAUUUUUGAUGUUCACAUUAAAUGUCAAUUUUAAUUUCAUUCUAAGAAAAACAUUGCAUGAUGCAACAGAUUGUGAAUUUACAGUGAGGGGGGAAAAAAAAGUAUUUGAUCCCCUGCUGAUUUUGUAUGUUUGCCCACUGACAAAGAAAUGAUCAGUCUAUAAUUUUAAUGGUAGGUUUAUUUGAACAGUGAGAGACAGAAUAACAACAACAAAAAUCCAGAAAAACGCUUGUUAAAAAUGUUCUAAAUUGAUUUGCAUUUUAAUGUAGAAUGUCGGGUGUAGUUGUAUUCUGGUAGGGAUAAUAUAGAAGGAUCCUCUCUGCUCCUACAGGACACCAGGCAGCCAUCCUGGGGCUGAAGAGACAGCAGAGAGAAGCAGUCAACGAACUUCAGGUCAGUCACCCUACCUGAGAUUAGGGUUGCAAAGUACCGCUAAGAUUCCAUAAAAUCAGUAGGGGAUCUUGCAACCCUACCUGAGAGGUUAGCUAUAGAAUUAUACAGUAUUUUCCCCUUGGGAGAGAAUUGCAUAGUAUUUCUGGUCCGUCAUCAACAUUUAGCCAGAAUAGCCCUCACCACCUUUCACCUGAUUGACCACAGGAGGGCAGCAUCCACUAACAGUUAGUUGUGCUAGUUUAGUGGAAUAAACUUAAUAGCGGUUAUAUGUGAGGGACUUGGUCUUGUUGUGUGGGCCAAUACCUGGCAGACUCGGACCUCUCCUGUGUUUAUCAGUCAUCACUCAUGUGUCCUGGAGAGGCACCUUGUUGGUAAAGUAUUGUCCUUUAUCUUAACUUGUCCCAUAGGAAGUCAUUUUGCUCCUUCAAGAAGCCCUGCCUCUAACAACAAUAUGUUCAAUAUAACAUCGUUCUCAUUGUGCUUAUAUAACAGUUAACAUAUUGCUUUAAAGGUUUAUAUGAACACUGUGUUCUCUCUCUCUCUCUGUCUCUGUCUCUGUGUCGCUCUCUGUCGCUCUCUCUCUCUCUCUGUCGCUCUCUCUCUGUCGCUCUCUCUCUCUCUCUGUCGCUCUCUCUCUGUCGCUCUCUCUCUCUCUCUGUCGCUCUCUCUCUGUCGCUCUCUCUCUGUCGCUCUCUCUCUGUCGCUCUCUCUCUCGCUCCCUCUCUGUCGCUCUCUGUCGCUCUCGCUCUCUGUCGCUCUUUCUCUCUGUCUCUCUGUCUGUCUCUCUGUCGCUCUCUCUCUCUCUCUCUCUCUCUCUGUCUCUCUCUCUCUCUCUGUCGCUCUCGUCGCUCUCUGUCGCUCUCUCUCUGUCGCUCUCUGUCGCUCUCUCUCUCUGUCGCUCUCUCUCUCUCUGUCGCUCUCUCUCUCUGUCGCUCUCUCUCUCUGUCGCUCUCUCUCUCUGUCGCUGUCUCUCUCUGUCGCUCUCUCUCUCUGUCGCUCUCUCUCUCUGUCGCUCUCUCUCUCUGUCGCUCUCUCUCUCUCUGUCGCUCUCUCUCUCUCUGUCGCUCUCUCUCUCUCUGUCGCUCUCUCUCUCUGUCGCUCUCUCUCUCUGUCGCGCUCUCUCUCUCUGUCGCGCUCUCUCUCUCUGUCGCGCUCUCUCUCUCUGUCGCGCUCUCUCUCUCUGUCGCGCUCUCUCUCUCUGUCGCGCUCUCUCUCUCUGUCGCGCUCUCUCUCUCUGUCGCGCUCUCUCUCUCUGUCGCGCUCUCUCUCUCUCUCUCUCGCUCUCUCUCUCUCUCUGUCGCUCUCUCUCUCUCUCUCUGUCGCGCUCUCUCUCUCUGUCGCGCUCUCUCUCUCUCUGUCGCGCUCUCUCUCUCUGUCGCGCUCUCUCUCUCUGUCGCGCUCUCUCUCUCUGUCGCGCUCUCUCUCUCUGUCGCGCUCUCUCUCUCUGUCGCGCUCUCUCUCUCUCUCUGUCGCUCUCUCUCUCUCUCUGUCGCUCUCUCUCUCUCUCUGUCGCUCUCUCUCUCUCUCUCUGUCGCGCUCUCUCUCUCUCUGUCGCGCUCUCUCUCUCUGUCGCGCUCUCUCUCUCUGUCGCGCUCUCUCUCUCUGUCGCGCUCUCUCUCUCUGUCGCGCUCUCUCUCUCUGUCGCGCUCUCUCUCUCUGUCGCGCUCUCUCUCUCUCUCUGUCGCUCUCUCUCUCUCUCUGUCGCUCUCUCUCUCUCUCUGUCGCUCUCUCUCUCUCUCUGUCGCUCUCUCUCUCUCUGUCGCUCUCUCUCUCUCUGUCGCGCUCUCUCUCUCUGUCGCGCUCUCUCUCUCUCUCUCCGCUCUCUCUCUCUCUCUGUCGCUCUCUCUCUCUCUCUGUCGCUCUCUCUCUCUCUCUGUCGCUCUCUCUCUCUCUGUCGCUCUCUCUCUCUCUCUGUCGCUCUCUCUCUCUCUCUGUCGCUCUCUCUCUCUCUGUCGCUCUCUCUCUCUCUCUGUCGCUCUCUCUCUCUCUCUCUGUCGCGCUCUCUCUCUCUCUCUGUCGCGCUCUCUCUCUCUGUCGCGCUCUCUCUCUCUGUCACUCUCUCUCUGUCACUCUCUCUCUCUCUCUGUCGCUCUCUCUAGGAGGAGUCAGUGAUGAAAACAGUGAAGCUGAAAGAGGAGCACGUCAACGUGAUCCAGCAGUUAGAACAGACCAUCGAGGACCUGCGGACUAAGAUAGCUGAGCUGGAGGAACAGUACCCCCUGGAGAGUGGUGGGGAGGGGGGUCUGUACAGGGAGGUCUGUGAUGUAGACCUACAAACUGAGGAGAGGAUAGUGAAGGAGGUCUGUGAUGUAGACCUACAAACUGAGGAGAGGAUAGUGGAUGUCUGUGAUGUAGACCUACAGACUGAGAGUCUUCUGAGUUGUCUAGAGGCCAAGUCUGUCCAGACGUCGCCUAUGGAGGAAAGCUUUAAGUUUAAAGUGCCUUUACCGGACCAGAUGCCACCCUUCUUUGUAAAGGAGAAUGGAGGAGUGACCACCUUGUCUUCCUCCUGUCAACCUAAUCUCCCCUCAGAACUGGCCCUGUCCCUACCCAUACCCUUCUCCCCCAAGGCCGGACCAGCAUUUGUCUGUACGUGCCAACAGAGUCGCAUUAAACCACCUCCUCUACCAGGGGAUAUGAUGCCCCCCCCUCCCCCACCUCCUCUACCAGGGGGUAUGAUGCCCCCCCCUCCCCCACCUCCUCUACCAGGGGGUAUGAUGCCCCCCCCUCCCCCACCUCCUCUACCAGGGGGUAUGAUGCCUCCCCCUCCCCCACCUCCUCUACCAGGGGGUAUGAUGCCCCCCCCUCCCCCACCUCCUCUACCUGGCAUGGGGAUGGCACCUCCCCCACCCCCUCUACCAGGUGGCUGUGGCCCCCCACCUCCUCCUCCAUUACCUGGGAUGUGCCCUCCUCCACCUCCUCUACCAGGUGGCUGUGGCCCCCCACCUCCUCCACCAUUACCUGGGAUGGGCGGUCCUCCUCCUCCUCCUCCUCCUCCACCCUGUGGCUUGGGCUCCCUGGUCCCUCCCCUGCCCAUGGGACUGUAUGCUCUAAGCAUGGCCCAUGAGAAACCUCCCCGGAAAGGAGUGGUGGAGCCUCCCAGGCCCAUGAAACCUCUCUACUGGACCAGGAUACAGCUCAACUCGGCUCAACACAAAAAGUAAUCAAUCAAUCAAAUGUAUUUAACAAGCCCCUUUUUUUUUUUUUCAGCAGUUGUCACAAAAGCGCUAUGCUAAAAAGUAAUCAUGUGACAGCUGUGGUCCUCUGUAGCUCAGCUGGUAGAGCACGGCGCUUGUAACGCCAAGGUAGUGGGUUCGAUCCCCGGGACCACCCAAACACAAAAAUGUAUGCACGCAUGACUGUAAGUCGCUUUGGAUAAAAGCGUCUGCUAAAUGGCAUGUUAUAUUAUAUUAUUACAGCUAUGCUAGUUACAGAAGCGUCUGGGCCUGUGUGAUUUAAGAUGGAAAACUGGUCCUAGAUCAGCGGUCUUAUUCUGAGACUCUUUGUGGACCUUGCUGUAUUGUUUCAGACCAUGGCCCCAACUAAAGAGGAUUCUGCUCAGCAUUUAUGAUAGUGUGGACAAGGCUGUUUCUGAAAAUGCCUACACAGGAAGGGUCGGACGGAGUAUGAGUCCAAAUCAAAGUAUGUGAAACGGAGCACAGAGGGCACUUUUCAGAUGCGUACUCCGUUUGUACAUAGUUUUUAAGCGUCGAUGCAAGUUUCAACAAAGUAUGCACAGAAAAAGUACGAAUCCACGUAAACAACUACGCAACAUUUCUUGAAAACCAUGGAGGCCAUUAUUUGAGCUAAAGUGAGAGAAAAUAAACGGCAACUUCGGAAUGAAAUGUUGCCCUUUCACAUCUCAAUACUUUAUCUUGAUAUGUUAAUAAAUAUAUACUGUGUUCAUUUUGGCAUUUUGACCUGCCUACAAUACAUAGGCGUGUGUAGAUCGCAAGCCCAUAGUAAGUCAAUAGGGCUAACUGGCUAGCUGCUACUGUCAAUAGGGCUAACUGGUUAGCUGCUACUGUCAAUAGGGCUAACUGGCUAGCUGCUACUGUCAAUAGGGCUAACUGGUUAGCUACUACUGUCAAUAGGGCUAACUGGCUAGCUACUACUGUUAAUAGUGCUAACUGGCUAGCCAUGAAGAAUUGGCAUGUACUUUGCAUAACAUUCGUUUUAGGUCAUUUUUGCCUGUUAAACUAUCUGGCCAGCUAGAUUUUUACGAUUCACAUACUGUAUAUCUAGCUGAUAGUUAUGACGUAAAACAUUUGCUUUGUGUAUAUCUUGUUUGGUCUCUAUUGUUGCCAUUGUCCUGGCUGGAAGAAGGUUCAGUGAUCGGGGAGGAGCAGCCUGAGGUAAUACAGUAGGGGGAGGGGUCAGUGAAGGGGGAGGAGCAGCCUGAGGUAAUACAGUAGGGGGAGGGGUCAGUGAAGGGGAGGAGCAGCCUGAGGUAAUACAGUAGGGGGGAGGGGUCAGUGAACGGGGAGGAGCAGCCUGAGGUAACACAGUAGGGGGAGGGGUCAGUGAACGGGGAGGAGCAGCCUGAGGUAAUACAGUAGGGGGAGGGGUCAGUGAACGGGGAGGAGCAGCCUGAGGUAAUACAGUAGGGGGAGGGGUCAGUGAACGGGGAGGAGCAGCCUGAGGUAAUACAGUAGGGGGAGGGGUCAGUGAACGGGGAGGAGCAGCCUGAGGUAAUACAGUAGGGGGAGGGGUCAGUGAACGGGGAGGAGCAGCCUGAGGUAAUACAGUAGGGGGAGGGGUCAGUGAACGGGGAGGAGCAGCCUGAGGUAAUACAGUAGGGGGAGGGGUCAGUGAAGGGGGAGGAGCAGCCUGAGGUAAUACAGUAGAGGGAGGGGUCAGUGAACGGGGAGGAGCAGCCUGAGGUAAUACAGUAGAGGGAGGAGCAGCCUGAGGUAACACAGUAGGGGGAGGGGUCAGUGAACGGGGAGGAGCAGCCUGAGGUAAUACAGUAGGGGGAGGGGUCAGUGAACGGGGAGGAGCAGCCUGAGGUAACACAGUAGGGGGAGGGGUCAGUGAACGGGGAGGAGCAGCCUGAGGUAAUACAGUAGAGGGGAGGGGUCAGUGAACGAGGAGGAGCAGCCUGAGGUAAUACAGUAGAGGGAGGGGUCAGUGAACGGGGAGGAGCAGCCUGAGGUAAUACAGUAGGGGGAGGGGUCAGUGGACGGGGAGGAGCAGCCUGAGGUAAUAGAGUAGGGGGAGGGGUCAGUGAAGGGGGAGGAGCAGCCUGAGGUAAUACAGUAGGGGGAGUGUUUUCAUGUGUUCUCCACAAGAACGUACUCCAGAGAACGUCCUUGGGGAAUGUGCUCAGAGCAUGACAGUGUGGAGCACGGUAGAAUGCAUAUUGAGAAACCACCAUAACUCAGUGAAAUGAAAAAAGAUGUGUUAGAAGGGUGAAGCUGAGGUUUGAAUUAAAACAGGUGUCGUACAGGCAGCAUAUGGUUAGACUGGACCCCGUCUGGCAGCAUGUGGUUAGACUGGACCCUCUCUGGCAGCAUGUGGUUAGACUGGACCCUCUCUGGCAGCAUGUGGUUAGACUGGACCCCGUCUGGCAGCAUGUGGUUAGACUGGACCCUCUCUGGCAGCAUGUGGUUAGACUGGACCCUCUCUGGCAGCAUGUGGUUAGACUGGACCCUCUCUGGCAGCAUGUGGUUAGACUGGACUCUCUCUGGCAGCAGGUGGUUAGACUGGACCCUCUCUGGCAGCAUGUGGUUAGACUGGACCCUCUCUGGCAGCAUGUGGUUAGACUGGACCCUCUCUGGCAGCAUGUGGUUAGACUGGACCCUCUCUGGCAGCAUGUGGUUAGACUGGACAGGCAGCAUGUGGUUAGACUGGACCCUCUCUGGCAGCAUGUGGUUAGACUGGAUCCCCUCUGGCUGGCUGGCUGGGGAAGAGCUUUGGAGGUAUUUGAUACAAACAGGUUUUGAAUUUUUUUGAACCAUGGAACAAGAAAUGCCAAGCUGGUUAAACGGACAAUGUGACAGUCUAGGAAAACAAGCUAGAGGCAGAACAAUACGAUUACCCCCACAGUAGUGACAUCAGUUGAUAGUAGAAUAGAUGCUGUGUCAAUUGUUUUUAACGGAAAUGUAUUGAUUUGCUGUCACAAAACCAAAUGAGAUGUGGACAAAAAGUUAGCUGAUAUUUCUUAUAACUUUUUUAUGUGGUUCCAAAGGUCACAACCUCACGAACUCUUUCCCUCAUCCUAGAGACGUCCUCAAGGUGUAACACUGUAACGCCUAUGUGGUUCCAAAGGUCAUGACCUCACUAACUCUUUCCCUCAUCCUAGAGACGUCCUCAAGGUGUAACACUGUAACGCCUAUGUGGUUCCUAAGGUCAUGACCUCACUAACUCUUUCCCUCAUCCUAGAGACGUCCUCAAGGUGUAACACUGUAACGCCUAUGUGGUUCCAAAGGUCACGACCUCACUAACUCUUUCCCUCAUCCUAGAGACAUCCUCAAGGUGUAACACUGUAACGCCUAUGUGGUCCAAAGGUCACGACCUCACUAACUCUUUCCCUCAUCCUAGAGAGGCGAGCGGGUCGCUGGUCUGGGACAAGAUAGAGGAGCCUGACGUGAACUUUGAGGAGUUCGUGGAGCUGUUUUCCAAGACUGCUGUGAAGGAGAAGAAGAAACCCCUGUCUGAUACCAUCACCAAGUCUAAAGCCAAACAGGUGAGAUCUGAUACCAUCACCAAGUCUAAAGCCAAACAGGUGAGAUCUGACACCAUCACCAAGUCUAAAGCCAAACAGGUGAGAUCUGACACCAUCGCCAAGUCUAAAGCCAAACAGGUGAGAUCUGAUACCAUCGCCAAGUCUAAAGCCAAACAGGUGAGAUCUGAUACCAUCGCCAAGUCUAAAGCCAAACAGGUGAGAUCUGAUACCAUCACCAAGUCUAAAGCCAAACAGGUGAGAUCUGAUACCAUCACCAAGUCUAAAGCCAAACAGGUGAGAUCUGAUACCAUCACCAAGUCUAAAGCCAAACAGGUGAGAGCAGAUUUUUAUACGCAAAAAUGGUGCUCGUUUAGCAAAUUUGAUCUCGGUCGUUGAAUAUGGUUAAAAUGUUUAUUGCCACGCUAAGUAGGAUAGAGUGAGACUGGACCUUUUUCAUCUCUGACCCUGGUAAUGUCUUUUAAAACUGCCGGGGUAUCUCUGCAUCCCCAGUCAGAGCCUGUGAUGUUGGAGGAGAUGGAUACAACAGUCUUUUAUUGACUAGCUUUGACAGUCUAGAGCCAGACGUGAUAUGCACAAAAUAGAGGCUUACAUCCGUGGCCAAACUGGGCCAGACAGUUUCCCCUUGAUGUUCCCUGUUUGGUUUCUGAAUCAGCCUGUGUCCCAAAUGAAACCCUAGUCCCUAAAUAGUGCACUACUUUUGACCAGAGCCCAUCUUACUCUAUGUAGGGAAUAGGCUAUAAUUUGGGACACAGUCCCUGUAUCAGUUAUCUACAUCACUUCCUGUCCUGUCCUCCUGUCCUAUUCCCCUGUCCUGUCCUCCUGUUUUCCUGUCCUGUCCUAUUCCCCUCUCCUCAUGUAAUUUAUAUUUACAUUUUAGUCAUUUAGCAGACGCUCUUAUCCAGAGCCACUUACAGUUAGUGAGCGCAUACAUUAUUUAUUUUAUUUUUUCAUACUGGAAUCGAACCCACAACCCUGGCGUUGCAAAUGCCAUGCUCUACCAACUGAGCUACAUCCCUGCCGGCCAUUCCCUCCCCUACUCUGGACGACACUGGGCCAAUUGUGCGCCGCCCCAUGUCCUAUUUCCCUGUCCUAUUGUCCUGUCUUAUUCUCCUGUCCUGUCUUAUUCUCCUGUCCUGUCUUAUUCUCCUGUCCUGUCCUGUCAUCCUGUCCUGUCCUAUAUCUCCUGUCCUGUCCUAUAUCCCCUGUCCUGUCCUAUUCCCCUGUCGUCCUGUCCUAUUCCCCUCUCCUCAUGUCCUAAUCCCCUGUCCUCCUGUCCUAUUUUCCUGUCCUGUCCUAUUGUCCUGUCCUAUUGUCCAACAUCCUGUCCUAUUGUCCUGUCCUAUUCCCCUGUCCAAUGCCCCUGUCCUAUGUCCUGUCCUAUUUCCUUGUCCUCCUGUCCUGUCCUAUUGUCCUCCUGUCCUGUCCUAUUGUCCUGUCCUGUCCUAUUGUCCUGUCCUCCUGUCCUGUCCUAUUGUCCUGUCCUGUCCUAUUGUCCUGUCCUCCUGUCCUGUCCUAUUGUCCUGUCCUCCUGUCAUCCUGUCCUAUACCCCUGUCCUCCUGUCCUGUCCUAUUCCCCUGUCUUCCUGUCCUAUUUCCCUGUCCUAUACCCCUGUCCUCCUGCCCUGUCCUAUUGUCCUGUCCUCCUGUCCUAUUGUCCUGUCAUCCUGUCCUAUUCCCCUGUCCUCCUGUCCUAUCCUAUUACCCUGUCCUGUCAUCCUGUCCUAUACCCCUGUCCUCCUGUCCUGUCCUAUUCCCCUGUCCUAUACCCCUGUCCUGUCCUAUCCUCCUGUCAUGUUUAUGUAGGAGUUCUCCUCCUCUCUGUCUUCCUUCCUUCCAGCUGUUCUGUUGUUCUCCUUCAGUUGAGCUGUCUGGGUUCUGGGGUUUCAGUUGAACUGUCUGGGUUCUGGGGUUUCAGCUGAACUGUCUGGGUUCUGGGGUUUCAGUUGAACUGUCUGGGUUCUGGGGUUUCAGCUGAACUGUCUGGGUUCUGGGGUUUCAGUUGAGCUGUCUGGGUUCUGGGGUUUCAGCUGAACUGUCUGGGUUCUGGGGUUUCAGCUGAACUGUCUGGGUUCUGGGGUUUCAGCUGAACUGUCUGGGUUCUGGGGUUUCAGCUGAACUGGGAAUGGAUGUGAUCUUAGGUCCUGUCAAUUUAGGCCCAGUUCUCCACUAGAAUUACUGACUGUCCUCCUGAAGAAUCAGAUCCCUUAGUUGUCUGUUCUCAUGGCUCUCUGCUCUGCCCAGGGUCCUGGUCCAUAGCUUUAACUGGACCAGUGGCGUUAUAGUGUACUGCUCUGCCCAGGGUCCUGGUCCAUAGCUUUAACUGGACCAGUGGCAUUAUAGUGUACUGCUUUGCCCAGGGUCCUGGUCCAUAGCUUUAACUGGACCAGUGGCAUUAUAGUGUACUAAGGUGUGUAUAGUGUGCUAGCCUGGUCCCAGAUAUCCUUGUGCUGUCUUACCAACUCCCAUGUUCAUUGUCACGGCGUGACAGAGUGAGACACAACAAACAGAUCUGGGACCAGGCUAAAGGUGUCCAUGAUGCCAGACAGGUUCCCAUAUAACAAGUCCAGUAUGGCACCCUAUUCCGAAUGGGUUCUGGUCAAAAGUAGUGCACUACAAAGAGAAUGGGAUGUCAUUUGGGACUUAGAUAUAUUUCUUCUGGGCCCAGAACGGUGCUGAUGGCUGACUACAGUUCUACUUAGUGGUAGAUGUCUGUCUGGCUGGUAGUUUCCCCUCUUCCUGUAAAUGUAGCCCAACCUUUACCCAUGGCUGUGCCCCUAAUGCCACCCUGUAGCCCAACCUUUACCCAUGGCUGUGCCCCUAAUGCCACCCUGUAGCCCAACCUUUACCCAUGGCUGUGCCCCUAAUGCCACCCUGUAGCCCAACCUUUACCCAUGGCUGUGCCCCUAAUGCCACCCUGUAGCCCAACCUUUACCCAUGGCUGUGCCCCUAAUGCCACCCUGUAGCCCAACCUUUACCCAUGGCUGUGCCCCUAAUGCCACCCUGUUCCCUACACCGUGCACUUCUUUUGACCAGGGCCCUUGGUAAGGAGUAGGAUGCCAUUGAGGAGGCAGACCAUGUAGCCCGGCCUAAACAUCUAAACCAUGUAUCCCGACCUCUAAACAUCUAAACCAUGUAGCCCGACCUCUAAACAUCUAAACCAUGUAGCCCGACCUCUAAACAUCUAAACCAUGUAGCCCGACCUCUAAACAUCUAAACCAUGUAGCCCGACCUCUAAACAUCUAAACCAUGUAGCCUGACCUCUAAACAUCUAAACCAUGUAGCCCGACCUCUAAACAUCUAAACCAUGUAGCCCGACCUCUAAACAUCUAAACCAUGUAGCCCGACCUCUAAACCAUGUAGCCCGACCUCUAAACAUCUAAACCAUGUAGCCCGACCUCUAAACAUCUAAACCAUGUAGCCCGACCUCUAAACAUCUAAACCAUGUAGCCCGACCUCUAAACCAUGUAGCCCGACCUCUAAACAUCUAAACCAUGUAGCCCGACCUCUAAACAUCUAAACCGUGUAGCCCGACCUAAACAUCUAAACCAUGUAGCCUGACCUCUAAACAUCUAAACCAUGUAGCCUGACCUCUAAACAUCUAAACCAUGUAGCCCGACCUCUAAACCAUGUAGCCCGACCUCUAAACAUCUAAACCAUGUAGCCCGACCUCUAAACCAUGUAGCCCGACCUCUAAACAUCUAAACCAUGUAGCCCGACCUCUAAACAUCUAAACCAUGUAGCCCGACCUAAACAUCUAAACCAUGUAGCCUGACCUCUAAACAUCUAAACCAUGUAGCCUGACCUCUAAACAUCUAAACCAUGUAGCCUGACCUCAACAUCUAAACCAUGUAGCCCGACCUCUAAACAUCUAAACCAUGUAGCCCGACCCCUAAACAUCUAAACCAUGUAGCCCGACCCCUAAACCAUGUGGCCCGACCUCUAAACAUCUAAACCAUGUGGCCCGACCUCUAAACAUCUAAACCAUGUAGCCCGACCUCUAAACAUCUAAACCAUGUGGCCCGACCUCUAAACAUCUAAACCAUGUGGCCCGACCUCUAAACAUCUAAACCAUGUAGCCCGACCUAAACAUCUAAACCAUGUAGCCCGACCUCUAAACAUCUAAACCAUGUAGCCUGACCUCUAAACAUCUAAACCAUGUAGCCCGACCUCUAAACAUCUAAACCAUGUAGCCCGACCUCUAAACAUCUAAACCAUGUAGCCCGACCUCUAAACAUCUAAACCAUGUAGCCCGACCUCUAAACAUCUAAACCAUGUAGCCCGACCUCUAAACAUCUAAACCAUGUAGCCCGACCUAAACAUCUAAACCAUGUAGCCCGACCUCUAAACAUCUAAACCAUGUAGCCUGACCUCUAAACAUCUAAACCAUGUAGCCUGACCUCAACAUCUAAACCAUGUAGCCCGACCUCUAAACAUCUAAACCAUGUAGCCCGACCCCUAAACAUCUAAACCAUGUAGCCCGACCCCUAAACAUCUAAACCAUGUGGCCCGACCUCUAAACAUCUAAACCAUGUAGCCCGACCCCUAAACCAUGUGGCCCGACCUCUAAACAUCUAAACCAUGUGGCCCGACCUCUAAACAUCUAAACCAUGUAGCCCGACCUCUAAACAUCUAAACCAUGUAGCCCGACCUCUAAACCAUGUAGCCCGACCUCUAAACAUCUAAACCAUGUAGCCCGACCUCUAAACCAUGUAGCCCGACCUCUAAACAUCUAAACCAUGUAGCCUGACCUCUAAACAUCUAAACCAUGUAGCCUGACCUCUAAACAUCUAAACCAUGUAGCCUGACCUCUAAACAUCUAAACCAUGUAGCCUGACCUCAACAUCUAAACCAUGUAGCCCGACCUCUAAACAUCUAAACCAUGUAGCCCGACCCCUAAACAUCUAAACCAUGUGGCCCGACCUCUAAACAUCUAAACCAUGUAGCCCGACCCCUAAACCAUGUGGCCCGACCUCUAAACAUCUAAACCAUGUGGCCCGACCUCUAAACAUCUAAACCAUGUGGACCGACCUCUAAACAUCUAAACCAUGUAGCCCGACCUCUAAACAUCUAAACCAUGUAGCCCGACCUCUAAACAUCUAAACCAUGUAGCCCGACCUCUAAACAUCUAAACCAUGUAGCCCGACCUCUAAACCAUGUAGCCCGACCUCUAAACAUCUAAACCAUGUAGCCCGACCUAAACAUCUAAACCAUGUAGCCUGACCUCUAAACAUCUAAACCAUGUAGCCUGACCUCUAAACAUCUAAACCAUGUAGCCUGACCUCAACAUCUAAACCAUGUAGCCCGACCUCUAAACAUCUAAACCAUGUAGCCCGACCCCUAAACAUCUAAACCAUGUAGCCCGACCCCUAAACAUCUAAACCAUGUGGCCCGACCUCUAAACAUCUAAACCAUGUAACCCGACCUCUAAACCAUGUAGCCCGACCUCUAAACAUCUAAACCAUGUAGCCCGACCUCUAAACCAUGUAGCCCGACCUCUAAACAUCUAAACCAUGUAGCCCGACCUAAACAUCUAAACCAUGUAGCCUGACCUCUAAACAUCUAAACCAUGUAGCCUGACCUCUAAACAUCUAAACCAUGUAGCCUGACCUCAACAUCUAAACCAUGUAGCCCGACCUCUAAACAUCUAAACCAUGUAGCCCGACCCCUAAACAUCUAAACCAUGUGGCCCGACCUCUAAACAUCUAAACCAUGUAGCCCGACCCCUAAACCAUGUGGCCCGACCUCUAAACAUCUAAACCAUGUGGCCCGACCUCUAAACAUCUGAACCAUGUAGCCCGACCUCUAAACAUCUGAACCAUGUAGCCCGACCUCUAAACAUCUAAACCAUGUAGCCCGACCUCUAAACAUCUAAACCAUGUAGCCCGACCUAAACAUCUAAACCAUGUAGCCCGACCUCUAAACAUCUAAACCAUGUAGCCUGACCUCUAAACAUCUAAACCAUGUAGCCCGGCCUCAACAUCUAAACCAUGUAGCCCGAUCUCAACAUCUAAACCAUGUAGCCUGACCUCUAAACAUCUAAACCAUGUAGCCUGACCUCUAAACAUCUAAACCAUGUAGCCCGACCUCUAAACCAUGUAGCCCGACCUCUAAACCAUGUAGCCUGACUUCUAAACAUCUAAACCAUGUAGCCCGGCCUAAACAUCUAAACCAUGUAGCCCGACCUCUAAACAUCUAAACCAUGUAGCCCGACCUCUAAACAUCUAAACCAUGUAGCCCGACCUCUAAACAUCUAAACCAUGUAGCCCGACCUAAACAUCUAAACCAUGUAGCCCGACCUCUAAACAUCUAAACCAUGUAGCCCGACCUCUAAACAUCUAAACCAUGUAGCCUGACCUAAUCAUCAAACCAUGUAGCCCGGCCUAAACAUCUAAACAUAUUAGCCCGACCUUAAAACAUCUAAACCAUGUAGCCCGACCUUUAAACAUCUGAACCAUGUAGCCCGACCUUUAAACAUCUGAACCAUGUAGCCCGGCCUAAACUUCUGAACCAUGUAGCCCGACCUCUAAACAUCUAAACCAUGUAGCCCGACCCCUAAACAUCUAAACCAUGUAGCCCGGCCUAAACAUCUAAACCAUGUAGCCCGACCUCUAAACAUCUAAACCAUGUAGCCCGACCUCUAAACAUCUAAACCAUGUAGCCCGACCUCUAAACAUCUGAACCAUGUAGCCCGACCUAAACAUCUGAACCAUGUAGCCCGACCUAAACAUCUAAACCAUGUAGCCCGACCUAAACAUCUAAACCAUGUAGCCCGACCUCUAAACAUCUAAACCAUGUAGCCCGACCUCUAAACAUCUAAACCAUGUAGCCCGACCUCUAAACAUCUAAACGAUGUAGCCCGACCUCUAAACAUCUAAACCAUGUAGCCCGACCUAAUCAUCUGAACCAUGUAGCCCGACCUCUAAACAUCUGAACCAUGUAGCCCGACCUCUAAACAUCUAAACAUAUUAGCCCGACCUUAAAACAUCUGAACCAUGUAGCCCGACCUCUAAACAUCUGAACCAUGUAGCCCGACCUCUAAACAUCUAAACCAUGUAGCCCGGCCUAAACAUCUGAACCAUGUAGCCCGGCCUAAACAUCUGAACCAUGUAGCCCGGCCUAAACAUCUGAACCAUGUAGCCCGACCUCUAAACAUCUAAACCAUGUAGCCCGACCUCUAAACAUCUAAACCAUGUAGCCCGACCUCUAAACAUCUAAACCAUGUAGCCCGACCUCUAAACAUCUAAACCAUGUGGCCCGACCUCUAAACAUCUAAACAAUGUAGCCUGACCUCUAAACAUCUAAACCAUGUAGCCCGACCUCUAAACAUCUAAACCAUGUAGCCCGACCUCUAAACAUCUAAACCAUGUAGCCUGACCUCUAAACAUCUAAACCAUGUAAUCCGACCCCUAAACAUCUAAACCAUGUAGCCCGACCUCUAAACAUCUAAACCAUGUAGCCUGACCUCUAAACAUCUAAACCAUGUAGCCUGACCUCUAAACAUCUAAACCAUGUAGCCCGACCUCUAAACAUCUAAACCAUGUAGCCUGACCUCUAAACAUCUAAACCAUGUAAUCCGACCUCUAAACAUCUAAACCAUGUAGCCCGACCUCUAAACAUCUGAACCAUGUAGCCCGACCUAAACAUCUAAACCAUGUAGCCCGACCUAAACAUCUAAACCAUGUAUUCUGACCUAAACAUCUAAACCAUGUAGCCUGACCUAACCAUGUUCAGAUGAAGGGAUUUCAUCAGAGCUCCAUAGAGCUUGGUGUUUUGACUGAAGUGGCAGAACCAGGAUCUGUCAUCAAUAAAGAACUACGCUGCAGUAACACUAAAGCCCACAGGAUCAUAUACAACACACACACACACACACACACACACACACACACACACAGACACGCACACAUACGCACACACACAGACACACACCACACACACAGACACACACCACACACACACACAGACACACACACACACACACACAGACACACACACACACACACACAGACACGCACACAUACGCACACACACAGACACACACCACACACACAGACACACACCACACACACACACACAGACACACACACACACACACACACACACACACACAGCAGUCUUUAGCUGAUCUGAGCAGUCCUGGUCUGUAUAGUGUGUCUCUGUUUGAGGUUCAGUCAUGGCGGAAGGAAUGUAGCAGGGUUGAGGUUGAGACUAGGGCUGGUUGGAUGUGAAGGGAGGGUUGAGGUUGAGACUAGGGCUGGUUGGAUGUGAAGGGAGGCAUGAGGUUGAGACUAGGGCUGGUUGGAUGUGAAGGGAGGGCUGAGGUUGAGACUAGGGCUGGUUGGAUGUGAAGGGAGGCUUGAGGUUGAGACUAGGGCUGGUUGGAUGUGAAUGGAGGCUUGAGGUUGGAGCUGGGGCUUUAUGGGACUGGGGCUGAGGCAGGGGGCUGCUUGGUGUUCUGGCGUCUGUGGGGCUCAUUCGUUGUGGAAGAAAGGAAAUGUUCUGUCUCCACUGAGCUGCUUCUGGAUCUGGAUGUUGUCUGAUUUUAUCAGACUGGUAUACAUUAUUUAAUCGGUAUACAUUCUGAAACAUAGGAGUGCACAAUCAUGGAAAUGUUCCUUACAACCAGAAGAAUGUUGACAAAAAUUCCAUUGGAACUUCCCUCUACUGGUUGGUCCUUCAGCUGCUCGGAAUUUGAGAUAAAGGGCGUUGUGCUAAACAGUCAUCAGCGAUUGGAUCAUCUCUAACCAAUCAGAGUAUCAAAGCCAAUUAUGCAUUUUUUACCCACGUGUGUUCUGGCUCUGACCCAACCCAUCGGUUUCUGGACCAAUCAGACGGCCCAAAUGUGUUGGCGUUGGGUGAAGGGUCUGGAAGGUACUCCGAUCCAAUGAGGAGAAGACACUAACGUCCGUGGGCGUGGCCUAGCGUUUGGCCGGAGCUAGGAGUCUGUGUUGCCAGGCAGCAGUGUCCUCAGGAUUCCUGUGAUUUUUCUGAUCAUUUUUUACUGAUUUUGAAAUGUUAUUUACCUGCCACAGUUACUUUUUAUUUCUACCAUUUUAAGUUAUUCAAAAGUAUUUUAAGGGCAAUAUUCCUGAGCCGAUAUUUUCUUCCGUCUUCUUUGAAGGACGGGAGCCUCAUCACUUUAUCUAAUGUAGUCUUGUGGGCAGGUCUAAAUCUGGACGCUAUUUGAGUUAUCAAAUAAAGUGUUUGGGAAUUUAAGUUGUUUCAGCGAUUUGACCUCUUUAAAUAUUCUGGUAAAGAAUCUUAACUUUGAAGUCGUCCCAUAGAGAACGAUUGCAGUUAGAGGUCCAAUGUUUAAAACAUGACCUUAGAUACUAACUGAUUGGAAUAAUUGGUAUCCUUUUUUACCCCUGCUAGCUGCCAGAGGUGGCCCGGAAACAUUUUAUUUGAAUAAAGUAACAUAUUUUCCUUAGUUUCAUUCCGGUCGGCAUGCCAGCAAUGGGAAGUGUUGAAGCUGGUAUGUAUCAUGUUGUUUGCAGUGGUCCUCUGUAUCUCAGCUGGAAUAGCAUUAUUAUUAUUAUAUCUCAAUGGUCCUCUGGUCCUCUGUAUCUCAGCUGGUAUGUAUCAUGUUGUUUGCAGUGGUCCUCUGUAUCUCAGCUGGUAUGUAUCAUGUUGUUUGCAGUGGUCCUCUGUAUCUCAGCUGGUAUGUAUCAUGUUGUUUGCAGUGGUCCUCUGUAUCUCAGCUGGUAUGUAUCAUGUUGUUUGCAGUGGUCCUCUGUAUCUCAGCUGGUAUGUAUCAUGUUGUUUGCAGUGGUCCUCUGUAUCUCAGCUGGUAUGUAUCAUGUUGUUUGCAGUGGUCCUCUGUAUCUCAGCUGGUAUGUAUCAUGUUGUUUGCAGUGGUCCUCUGUAUCUCAGCUGGUAUGUAUCAUGUUGUUUGCAGUGGUCCUCUGUAUCUCAGCUGGUAUGUAUCAUGUUGUUUGCAGUGGUCCUCUGUAUCUCAGCUGGUAUGUAUCAUGUUGUUUGCAGUGGUCCUCUGUAUCUCAGCUGGUAUGUAUCAUGUUGUUUGCAGUGGUCCUCUGUAUCUCAGCUGGUAUGUAUCAUGUUGUUUGCAGUGGUCCUCUGUAUCUCAGCUGGUAUGUAUCAUGUUGUUUGCAGUGGUCCUCUGUAUCUCAGCUGGUAUGUAUCAUGUUGUUUGCAGUGGUCCUCUGUAUCUCAGCUGGUAUGUAUCAUGUUGUUUGCAGUGGUCCUCUGUAUCUCAGCUGGUAUGUAUCAUGUUGUUUGCAGUGGUCCUCUGUAUCUCAGCUGGUAUGUAUCAUGUUGUUUGCAGUGGUCCUCUGUAUCUCAGCUGGUAUGUAUCAUGUUGUUUGCAGUUUAGUCAGAUUGAAGAUCUGUUUUAGGAACCUGAUUUUUACGGUAAGAGGAUAAAAUACUGAGCAUUCUGAUGAGGAUUGCAUGUGAAUUAAUAUUUCUGAAACGCUUAAUGCUUAUGUCUUAGCCGAGUUGAGUAAAAUAAAACAUUGCAGUGCAUAGACUAUUUAUUUUUUAAUGCCACUGCAAUUGUCUUUUAUUGAAAAGCCUGACAAUAUUUUUCUUUAAAUGAAUCGACUAAAUAUGCUGUCAUUUCUUUUGGGGACAUAUUAUGGUGAAAGUUUUUUUAAGAUAAUGUUUCCUAGUUGAAUCACUCCGUUCUCAUUUGGUUUUCAGCUCUUUCAUUCACCAAAUCAAUUGUCCUUAUCAAAGUAUGUAUCGUACACUGUGGUAACAAUGUCGUUCUGCCUCCUCAUUGAUCUGAUAAAAGCCUUUUUACUCUUUCCAUUGUUGAUGGUCCAGUCUGAUGUCAUGGCUGUUGACGUCACAGCAAUUCUCUAGCCCCUAGCUGGCUGUGGAAUGCAAAAGAGCCAAUCAGUUCUGUUUACUGUGUGUCCCGAUCACAUUUUACAGACUGUAAUGGUCACAGAUGAAAGACCAGGGGGCCUUUUUUAUAUUUUAAGCAUCAGAGUGUAAGUGCUGUUCUAGGACCAGGUUCACCACCUGACCAAAGUACACCUUUUCAUUGUGAUCUAAAAGGCACUGAUCCUAGAUCAGACUAGAUCUGGGGCCCCAGAGCUCUAACAUGUCCUCCCAUCCAGGAGAGGCCCAUUUUCAUUCCAUUCCUCCGUAACCUUGCAGAGCAGAACUGACGACGUACUGAGUCAGUUUACGUGGUUAGAUCUUGGUUGACGGGUCCUGGUGACUGGUGACACACCGACCGACCGGGGAUAGAGCGAGAGAAGGUAUUCGGGGUCAUCUGUUUACUUUCUGAAGGGGAAAGUUUAUGUCCGUACGUAAUACACUUCUGCUUAGAUGGAGAUUGUUUCCAGCCAUUGACGCAGGGUGGCAGGCAGGCUGAAUAACAGUGGAUAACUGACCAUUGUCUUGAGUUUCUGAUACAAAUCAGAAAACAUGUUUGUUUUUUUAGUUUUCUUGGUCUGCAGGGAAAGCACAGUAAACACACGCUGCUCCAGUCUCUGGCUAAGUCCCAAAUAGCACCCUAUUCCCUGUAGUGUACUAUGGGGCCAGGGCAAUGCAAAUAGUCUGGGUAGCCAUUUGAUUAGCUGUUCAGGAGUCUUACGGCUUGGGGGUAGAAGCUGUUAAUAGUCCGGGUAGCCAUUUGAUUAGCUGUUCAGGAGUCUUACGGCUUGGGGGUAGAAGCUGUUAAUAGUCCGGGUAGCCAUUUGAUUAGCUGUUCAGGAGUCUUACGGCUUGGGGGUAGAAGCUGUUAAGAAGCCUUUUGGACCUUGACUUGGCGCUCCGGUACCGCUUGCCGUGCGGUAGCAGAGAGAACAGUCUAUGACUAAGGUGGCUGGAGUCUUUGACAAUUUUGAGGGCCUUCCGCUGACACCGGCUGGCAUAGAGGUCCUGGAUUGGCAGGAAGCUUGGCCCCAGUGAUGUACUGGGCCGUACGCACUACCCUCUGUAGUGCCUUACGGUCGGAGGCCGAGCAGUUGCCAUACCAGGCAGUGACGCAACCAGUCAGGAUGCUCUCGAUGGUGCAGCUGUAGAACUUUUUGAGGAUCUGAGGACCCAUGCCAAAUCUUUUCAGUCUCCUGAGGGGGAAUAGGCGUUGUCGUGCCCUCUUCACGACUGUCUUGGUGUGUUUGGACCAUGAUAGUUUGUUGGUGAUGUGGACACCAAGGAACUUGAAGCUCUCAACCUGUUCCACUACAGCCUCGUCGAUGAGAAUGGGGGCAUUCUCGGUCCUCCUUUUCCUGUAAUCCACAAUCAUCUCCUUUGUCUUGGUCACGUUGAGGGAGAGGUUGUUUUCCUGGCACACGUAAUGAAGGUGUUGAAGUUGUGCCUGGCCAUGCAGUCAUGGGUGAAGAGGGAGUACAGGAAGGGACUGAGCACGCACCCCUGAGGGGCCCCCGUGUUGAGGAUCAGUGUAGCAGAUGUGUGGUUACCUACCCGUACCACCUUGGGGCGGCCCGUCAGGAAGUCCAGGAUCCAGUUGCAGAGGGAGGUGUUUAGUCCCAGGAUCCUUAGCUUAGUGAUGAACUUUGAGGGCACUACAUUUACAUUCAGAACUUACAAAUUGGUGCAUUCGACUUAGGAUAGCCAGUGGGACAAGUAGUUGUAGUCUGUAAUAGUUUUCAAGCCCUGCCACAUCCGACGAGCGUCAGAGCCAGUGUAGUACGAUUAGAUCUUAGUCCUGUAUUGACGCUUUGCCUGUUUGAUGAUUCGUCGGAGGUCGUAGCGGGAUUUCUUAUAAGCUUCCGGGUUAGAGUCCCGCUCCUUGAAGGCGGCAGCUCUACCCUUUAGCUCAGUGCGGAUGUUGCCUGUAAUCCAUGGCAUCUGGUUGGGAUAUGUACGUACGGUCACUGUGGGGACGACGUCAUCGAUGCACUUAUUAAUGUAGCCAGUGACUGAUGUGGUGUAUUCCUCAAUGCUAUCGGAAGAAUCCGAGUCUGUGCUAGCAAAACAGUCCUGUAGCUUAGCAUCUGCGUCAUCUGACCACUUCUUUAUUGACCAAGUCACUGGUGCUUCCUGCUUUAGUUUUUGCUUAUAAGCAGGAAUCAGGAGGAUAGAGUUAUGGUCAGAUUUGCCAAAUGGAGGGCGAGGGAGAGCUUUGUACGCGUCUCUGUGUGUGGAGUAAAGGUGGUCUAGAGUUUUUUUCCCUCUGGUUGCACAUUUAACAUGCUGGUAGAAAUUAGGUAGAACGGAUUUAAGUUUCCCUGCAUUAAAGUCCCCGGCCACUAGGAGCGCUGCAUCUGGAUGAGCGUUUUCCUGUUUACUUAUGGCCUUAUACAGCUCAUUGAGUGCAAUCUUAGUGCCAGCAUCGGUUUGUGGUGGUAAAUAGACAGCUAUGAAAAAUAUAGAUGAAAACUCUCUUGGUAGAUAGUGUGGUCUACAGCUUAUCAUGAGAUACUCUACCUCAGGCGAGCAAAACCUUCGAGACUUCCUUUAAUAUUGGAUUUCGUGCACCAGCUGUUGUUUACAAAUAUACACAGACCGCCACCCUUUGUCUUACCGGAGUCAGCCGUUCUAUCCUGCCGAUGUAGCUUAUAGCCCGCUAGCUGUAUGUUGUCCAUGUCGUCGUUCAGCCACGACUCUGUGAGGGAAAAAAAAAAAAAAAAAAAAAAAAACAUAAGUAGACAGUUUUUAAUGUCCCGUUGGUAGGAUAACCUUAAUCGUAGCUCGUUAUCCAAUGAUUGUACGUUGGCUAAUAGGACUGAUGGUAGAGGCAGAUUACCCACUCACCACCGGAUCUUUACAAGGCACCCCGACCUACGUCAUUUUACAUUACAUUUUACAUUUUAGUCAUUUAGCAGACGCUCUUAUCCAGAGCGACUUACAUAUUUAUUUUUUUUAUACUGGCCCCCCGUGGGAAUCGAACCCACAACCCUGGCGUUGCAAACGCCAUGCUCUACUGAGCUACAUCCCUGCCGGCCAUUCCCUCCCCUACCCUGGACGACGCUGGGCCAAUUGUGCGCCGCCCAUGAGUCUCCCGGUCGCGGCCGGCGGCGACAGAGCCUGGAUUCGAACCAGGAUCUCUAGUGGCACAGUUAGCACUGCGAUGCAGUGCCUUAGACCACUGCGCCACUCAGGAGUACUGUAGCAGUGUGUCUUAAAGCCAAUUUAUGCUUGGAUAUAUGGAGAUAAUGGAGCCGGAGGAGAUGGCUGCCGUUUUACGGGUUCCUUCCUACGUCCUCGAUAUCUCCGUCUCUUUCUCCUGCGAAUGAUGGGGAUUUGGGCCUUCUCGGGUGUCUGAAGUAAAUCCUUCGCGCCCAACUCGUUAAAGACCAAAAUCUUCGUCCAGUACGAGGUGAGUAAUCGCUGUCCUGAUAUCCAGAAGCUAUUUUCUGUCGUAAGAGACGGUGGCAGAAACAUUAUGUACAGAAUAAGUUACAAAUGACGCAAAAAAACACACAAUAGAACAAUUGGUUAGGAACCCGUAAAAACGGCAGCCAUCUCCUCCGGCUCCAUUAUCUCCAUAUAUCCAAGCAUAAAUUGGCUUUAAGACACACUGCUACAGUCUUGUGGUGAGGUCACUGUGGGUCUCUCUCUCGCUCUCUCUCUCUCUCUGUCUCUCUCUCUCUCUCUCACUCUCACUCUCACUCUCACUCUCACUCUCACUCUCACUCUCACUCUCUCGCUCACCUACCGACCGGCCUGUUUCUAAACCUCCUACGAGAUCAUUAUUUAAUCAGAGAACAGGGAGUGCAGAGUCGUUCAGUGUGCGACAGCUGCUGAUGGGGAAAUGGACGGCAGUCAUUUGUAAUCACACUGUUUUUAUUAUUAUUUAAUUGCCAAAACUGACCUAGGGCCUGUUGAGGUGAAAACAAGAAAAAUGAAUGUGUCUGAUUAUAGACAGAACUGACCUCUAGGGCCUGUUGAGGUGAAAACAAAUAGACAGAAUAUUGUAUGUCAAAAAGCAUACAUUUUGAUAAGAUGCAAGGUUGAAGCAGAAGGCAUUUCCUGCUGCAUGUGAUGGAAUGAGCACAGAACUACGCAGACAAUGAAGUACAGAAAAAAGUCAAUCAUAUCCUGAAAAUGUUGGCUUGUGGUAUCACUUUGUACCCUUAAUAAAACUGUUCUCACCACUAAAUGUCUGUUGGAAAACCGUGAACUUGGAUGAGACUCGGUAGUAACGAAGCGUUGUGGGAAGGGAAGGCCAGGUUCACAUUUUCUUCCCCUAAACACAUAAGAAAAGAAGAUUAGAAUGUCAGGCUUUUAAAAUCCAUUUCCAAUAACUGCCCCUCCCGCUCUCUCUCCUCCCCCACAAUUUAAGGGCUUUAUUGGCAUGGGAAACGUAUGUUAAAGUUGCCAAAGCAAGUGAAGUAGAUAGUAAACCAGAGCGUCUGCUAAAUGACUAAAAUGGAAAUGUAAAUGUAAACAAAAGUGAAAUAAACAAUAAAUAUUAACAGUAAACAUUACACUCAGAAGUUCCAAAAGAAUAAAGACAUUUCAAAUGUCAUAUUAUGUAUAUAUACAGUGUUGUAACAAUGUGCAAAUAGUUAAAGUACAAAUGGGGAAAUAAAUCAACAUAAAUAUGGGUUGUAUUUACAAUGGUGUUUGUUCUUCACUGGUUGCCCUUUUCUUGUGGCAACAGGUCACAAAUAUUGCUGCUGUGAUGGCACACUGUGGUAUUUCACCCAGUAGAUAAGGGAGUUUAUCAAAAUCGGGUUUGUUUUCGUAUUCUUUGUGGAUCUGUGUAAUCUGAGGGAAAUAUGUGUCUCUAAUAUGGUCAUACAUUUGGCAGGAGGUUAGGAAGUGCAGCUCAGUUUCGACCUCAUUUUGUGGGCAGUGUGCCCAUAGCCUGUCUUCCCUUGAGAGCCAGGUCUGCCUACGGCGGCCUUUCUCAAUAGCAAGGCUAUGCUCACUGAGUCUGUACAUAGUCAAAGCUUUCCUUAAAUUUGGGUCAGUCACAGUGGUCAGGUAUUCUGCCACUGUGUACUCUCUGUUUAGAGCCAAAUAGCAUUCUAGUUUGCUCUGUUUUUUUGUUAAUUCUUUCCAAUGUGUCAAGUAAUUCUCAUGUUGUUUUCUCAUGAUUUAUGCAUGUCUCUCUCUCUCUCUCUCUGAGUGUGACAUGUCUUAAUGUUUCUCUCUCUCUCUCUGAGUGUGACAUGUCUUAAUGUUUCUCUCUCUCUCUCUGAGUGUGACAUGUCUUAAUGUUUCUCUCUCUCUCUGAGUGUGACAUGUCUUAAUGUUUCUCUCUCUCUCUCUGAGUGUGACAUGUCUUAAUGUUUCUCUCUCUCUCUCUCUGAGUGUGACAUGUCUUAAUGUUCUCUCUCUCUCUCUCUGAGUGUGACAUGUCUUAAUGUUUCUCUCUCUCUCUCUCUGAGUGUGACAUGUCUUAAUGUUUCUCUCUCUCUCUCUGAGUGUGACAUGUCUUAAUGUUUCUCUCUCUCUCUCUGAGUGUGACAUGUCUUAAUGUUUCUCUCUCUCUCUGAGUGUGACAUGUCUUAAUGUUUCUCUCUCUCUCUCUGAGUGUGACAUGUCUUAAUGUUUCUCUCUCUCUCUGAGUGUGACAUGUCUUAAUGUUUCUCUCUCUCUCUGAGUGUGACCUGUCUUAAUGUCUUCUCCUCUCUCCUCUGAGUGUGACAUGUCUAAUGUCUCUCUCUCUCUCUCUGAGUGUGACAUGUCUUAAUGUUUCUCUCUCUCUCUGAGUGUGACAUGUCUUAAUGUUUCUCUCUCUCUCUGAGUGUGACAUGUCUUAAUGUUUCUCUCUCUCUCUCUGUGUGACAUGUCUUAAUGUUUCUCUCUCUCUCUCUGAGUGUGACAUGUCUUAAUGUUUCUCUCUCUCUCUCUCUGAGUGUGACAUGUCUUAAUGUUUCUCUCUCUCUCUGAGUGUGACAUGUCUUAAUGUUUCUCUCUCUCUCUCUGAGUGUGACAUGUCUUAAUGUUUCUCUCUCUCUCUCUCUGAGUGUGACAUGUCUUAAUGUCUCUCUCUCUCUCUCUGAGUGUGACAUGUCUUAAUGUUUCUCUCUCUCUCUCUGAGUGUGACAUGUCUUAAUGUUUCUCUCUCUCUCUCUCUGAGUGUGACAUGUCUUAAUGUUUCUCUCUCUCUCUCUGAGUGUGACAUGUCUUAAUGUUUCUCUCUCUCUCUGAGUGUGACAUGUCUUAAUGUUUCUCUCUCUCUCUCUGAGUGUGACAUGUCUUAAUGUUUCUCUCUCUCUCUCUGAGUGUGACAUGUCUUAAUGUUUCUCUCUCUCUCUGAGUGUGACCUGUCUUAAUGUUUUCCUCUCUUCCUGAGGUGACAUGUCUUAAUGUUUCUCUCUCUCUCUCUCUCUCUCUCUCCUAUCUCUCUGAGUGUGACGGCUUAAUGUUAGUUUCUCUCUCUCUCUGAGUGUGACAGUCUUAAGGUAUCUCUCUUAUCUCGAGUGUGAAAUGUUUAGUGUUUCUUUCUCUCUCUAUUGAGUGGACAAUGUCUUAAGUUUCUCGCUCUCUUGAGUGUGACAUGGUCUUAAUUUUCUUCACUCUCUGAUGGGACAUGUUUAAAUUUUCUCUCUUGCUUCUAUCUCUCUUUGUCUCUCUCUCCGCUCUGAGUGUGACAUGUCUUAAUGUUUCCUCUCUCUCUCUGAGUGUGACAUGUCUUAAUGUUUCUCUCUCUCUCUGAGUGUUGACAUGUCUAAUGUUUCUCUCUCUCUCUGAGUGUGACAUGUCGUAAUGUUUCUCUCUCUCUCUGAGUGUGAAAUGUCUUAAUGUUUCUCUCUCUCUCUCUCUGAGUGUGACAUGUCUUAAUGUUUCUCUCUCUCUCUCGUGAGUGUGAAAUGUCUUAAUGUUUCUCUCUCUCUCUCUCUGAGUGUGACAUGUCUUAAUGUUUCUCUCUCUCUCUGAGUGUGACAUGUCUUAAUGUUUCUCUCUCUCUGAGUGUGACAUGUCUUAAUGUUUCUCUCUCUCUCUCUCUCUCUCUCUCUCUCUCUCUGAGUGUGACAUGUCUUAAUGUCUCUCUCUCUCUCUGAGUGUGACAUGUCUUAAUGUUUCUCUUCUCUCUCUGAACUGUGACAUGUCUUAGGUUUCUCUCUCUCUCUCUGAGUGUGACAUGUCUUAAUGUUUCUCUCUCUCUCUCUCUGAGGGUGACAUGUCUUAAUGUCUCUCUCUCUCUCUCUCUGAGUGUGACAUUGUCUUAAUGUUUCUCUCUCUCCUCUCUGAGUGUGACAUGUCUUAAUGUUUCUCUCUCUCUCUGAGUGUGACAUGUCUCUCUCUCUCUGAGUGUGACAUGUCUUAAUGUUUCUCUCUCUCUCUCUCUGAGUGUGACAUGUCUUAAUGUUUCUCUCUCUCUCUCUCUGAGUGUGACAUGUCUUAAUGUUUCUCUCUCUCUCUCUGAGUGUGACAUGUCUUAAUGUUUCUCUCUCUCUCUGAGUGUGACAUGUCUUAAUGUUUCUCUCUCUCUCUCUCUGAGUGUGACAUGUCUUAAUGUUUCUCUCUCUCUGAGUGUGACAUGUCUUAAUGUUUCUCUCUCUCUCUCUGAGUGUGACAUGUCUUAAUGUUUCUCUCUCUCUCUCUGAGUGUGACAUGUCUUAAUGUUUCUCUCUCUCUCUGAGUGUGACAUGUCUUAAUGUUUCUCUCUCUCUGAGUGUGACAUGUCUUAAUGUUCUCUCUCUCUCUCUCUGAGUGUGGACAUGUCUUAAUGUUUCUCUCUCUCUCUCUGAGUGUGACAUGUCUUAAUGUUUCUCUCUCUCUCUGAGUGUGACAUGUCUUAAUGUUUCUCUCUCUCUGAGUGUGACAUGUCUUAAUGUUUCUCUCUCUCUCUCUGAGUGUGACAUGUCUUAAUGUUUCUCUCUCUCUCUCUCUGAGUGUGACCUGUCUUAAUGUUUCUCUCUCUCUCUGCAGGUGGUCAAGCUGCUGAACAACAAGCGUUCUCAGGCGGUGGGGAUUCUGAUGUCCAGUCUGCAUCUGGACAUGAAGGACAUCCAGCAU